GUGAGGAGCUUACAUUUUGAAGCUUCCCUCUAUGGCAGAACAGUUAUCCGACCUCUAUUCUAUGAAUAUCCAGAAGACAGCAGAACACACGAUUUAGGCAAUGAAUUCCUUUGGGGCAGUUCUAUGCUCAUUGCUCCUGUUCUUUACCAGGGCGCAAGGAGUGUGAAUGCUUAUCUACCUAAGAAUGACUGGUACUCACUAUUCGACCAUGAAUACGGUCAACUAUUUGGAAAAGGCGAUCACACCUUCCCUGCUCCGUGGACUUCUCUAAUCCCAGUUCUAGUCAAAGGUGGAUUCUACCGAAACAUAACAACCAAAUCAAGGUGA